AAUCUCCAAGUCAGAUCUCAGAAACCCUUAUCUCCAAGGCAGAGAGAGAAAUUACGCAGAAAAAGUCUUCUCUUUCCUCUCACACCCUUGCAGAAGAACCAAUCCUUUCUCUUUCUUCUUUCUCUGUCUACACACACACCCACACACACCCACACACACAUAUAUAGAUAUUUUGUCUACAGUAUCCGAUCUCUAUUGUCAGGCUAAGACAAGUUCUGCAUUUGGCAAAUCCUAAAGUUCUGCAUUUGGCAAAUCCUAAAGUCAUGCCUAUUUCAGGAAAUGAAGAGCCUGAGGCCAUUGCGCGGCAGUCUAGUAAUUGUUCUGUAGGAGUUCCAAUCAAGAAAAGGAGGUUCCCAUUGGUUCAGUUUUCUUCGCCUCCAUCCCGAGAACCAUCUUCUGUCCUUGCAGAAAAUGAUUCACCACAAAAAGAACACUCUAACCAAAGUCAGGAGCCAUCUCUUUCAAGUGCCAGUGUUGCAACAAGUUCUCCUAGCGUAUCUGAUGCGAACAAGACUGUUGUGAAAAAGACUUCUUCUGUUGAAGAUAAGGAAGGUCCUGAUGAUACAAAUGCUAAUUCGCUAAAAAAAAAUGUUCAUCUUUGUGCAGUCAAACUUGAGGAACCAAACCUUAAAAUUAGCUCAGGCCAUAUGGAUAGCAUGGGUAGCGAAGAGAAGCUUAUGUUCACUGAUAGAUCUGCCUGUCAGAAAAUUCCAAGAAAUACUGAACUGUAUUUAGCUUGUAGUGAAACUCAUGCACACAACACAAUGGAAGGAAUACUUGGCAAACAAGAAGUAGAAGGGUAUUCUAAAUUUGAAAGUUCAGCUUUUCCAGGGAAUAUUGAAUUGUCACUAGGGCUGAAGGAACCUCUUGUUCCAGCUUUGGCAGUUCAAAGUAGUGAUGGGAGUUUCCAGGUAUCUGAGAAAUCAGAUCCUUCUUCGCUAUGUUUGUCUUUAAGCAAGGAAAAACCCAUUUCCCAAUGCAAGAGUGAUGAUAACUCAAAUCCUAGUAGCUCUCACCUUCAUGCUAUUAGAUCGAACUGGGAUUUGAACACGACCAUGGACACAUGGGAGGGUUCUGUUGAUGGUGCCACCACAUGCCAUGGAACAAUUGGUUUUGAUCGGUUAAAUGACACUGGUAGUGCACUUGAUAUAAAGAGUUUUUCAGGUUCAACCAGGAUGGUUGGAGGUGGUGUUGAUUUAGGAAAACAGAUUCUUGGAGCGCGGAAGCACAUUUUCCAAUUUCCCAUUUCCACCCCAACACCCAGUGAGCUAUAUAAAUCUGAGGAUUCCCUGCAUGUAGGCCUUAGCAUGUCUUGUCAGUCGAACUUCAGUGUAGAACAUUCUAGCCCCUCAACUAAAGUUGGUUUAGGUAAGGUUGUUCCUAGUUCCGAUUUGCUUGGAGGAUUGGUAUCAUCUGGAAAAGUGAAUUCUGUUGGUAGUAGGAUUGUAAAAUCAGAACCAAUCGAGGAGAACGGUAAACAUAAUUUUGUGAGAAAGAAUGAUAGUGGUAAACAUAAUUUUGUGAGAGGGAAUGAUAGUCCUAUGCGAUUAUUUGACGUUAGAAGUCUAAAGCGGGAAUUAGUUGAGAGGUGUAAUCUGGAAGCUGUCAAUUUGUUGAACCUGAAAACCGGUAAACAUAGAUCAAUAAAAUCUGAACCAGUUCAGGAGGGUAAUCUGGAAAUAAGCAAAACAGCUGAAAGGACAUCAUGCCAAUCGGGUGGAAUGGUUAACAUGGAGAUGCUUUUAACUCCUCAAAAGUUAUGCUCUUCGGUGUUACGCAGUUGUUCAACAGAGUUAACUAUAAGUGGGGAUGUAUUAAACCAAUCCCAAUAUUCUACUUAUACAAAAGAAGUCAAAUCCCAGGAAGAAUGUGGAAGUAGUGAUGUUUCAGAAAUGGUUUCUGUUUCUUUGGGCCUUGAAUGUAAAGAAUCAAAUGUAUCUGUUGGUAUGACAGAUGCUAACAGAGCAGAGUAUUUGAAUUUUGAUGAUCCCGGGACUUGCAGAUUGAAAUCGAUGGAUGAGCUUCCGCUGGCUUCAAGUGGAAAUGGUGAGGGAUCUGUAAGUGAUGAGGAAAAAAUUAACGUAUCUGCUGAUAUGUUAGAAGAAGAUUAUUAUGCUUCCGACUAUGAGUCAGAUGGUUAUGAUACCUUAGUCGCUCCCUUGGGUACAGAAGAUAGACAAUAUGCUGGAGUAGAUGAUGAAUACGAGGAUGGUGAGGUCAGAGAUCCACUAGUGCACAAGGCAAUUGGAUGUCCUUUUGGUGGUGGUGAGAAGAAAGAGGCAGAUGAUGUUACACUUGGUGAUUGUGGUAACAAAGAUGUGUGCUCCUUUGGUUCACCUAGUGGUAGUAGUGUUGUUCAAUCAUGUGCUACAGAAAAAGACAGUGAAAUGAAGUAUCAUGGUGAAACAAGUGCUGAUCAUAUUAAAGAAUGUGUUGAUAUAGUUCUUAGUGAGAAAACUGAUCGGGUUGUAGAUACAGAUGGCUUUCUGCAAGAUUCAUCAACCAUUGAAGUGGUCGCAUCUGAAGCUGAUGAAAAGAGUCCUAUAAAUACCAUUCAAAGGAAACCACUCGAUCAAUCAGGAAACAUGGAAGUCCAAAAGGUACUCGAAAGGCGACCAUCAACUGAUGGAGCCACUGAUAGAAGCCAAGAGACUUUGAGAGCAGUUGGUCAGGCUGCAGAUGGGAAUAUUGAAAGACCAGUCACAGAGGGAAAAGAUGAUUCCACUUUGCACAAGACUGAAUCAUCUCAAAUUGGGGACGAUGCCGCUAAAGAUUCCAACAGUGGAGGUAACAGGAGUCGAAUUAUAAAGUUACCCCGAGCUUCUAAUGUUUCAUCUCCUGUUAAAACAAGUUCUAUCCCAGUCAGGUCAUUCCCCUCACAAACUGAAAGAGAAAGAUAUACUGGAUUUCAGAGAGAGAGAGUACACGGAUGGCAAAAUAGAGAUGAAAUGUAUUUGGAUGGUCACCGUGGAUUUGUAAGAGGGAGGGGUCAAGAUCAGCCACAAAGAAACUUCCGAUCAAACUUCAUGCGUGGAAGAGGAAGGAGUUCUAACCGUUUUGACAGUCUGCGUGGUGAUUGGGAUAAUGACAGUGAGUUUGCUUCAGAAAAUUUUAAUGGUUCCGUUAAUUAUCGAUUCCCAAGACGUAAACACGCUUCUGCUGGUGCAGAUGCAGAACUUGAAUGUAAUGGUUAUAUUUUUGAACCGGAUGGUGCUAUUGUAGGUACUGACAGGGGAGGAAGGAAACCUUAUAAUGAUGAAUUUCCUUCAUUUCAUCAUCCAUCAUCAAGGAGGCGAUCUCCUGCAGGUAGAGAUGGAGGUGCAAGACAUGGCAUUCAAAUGAUUCGUAGAAUGCCAAGAAUUAUUAAUAUGACCAGAUGCGUUGGUGAGGAUGGUUCUGAUUUGGCUGUGAUCAAGCAUGGUGAGAAGUUCUUGAGGGGUUUGCCCAAUGAUAUUUUGGAUCCAGUAUUUUCUCAUCCUCAACCUCCUUACGAGGGAGCUGAUGGUCAGUUUGUUAGGGGGAACAGGAAUUUUUCUUCUAUUCCAAGAAGGGGUGUUCCUCGAAUUCGAUCAAAAUCUCCUAUAAGACCCAGAACGGAUUCCUCUGGAACGUGGUUGUCUCCUCGAAGAAGAUCUCCAGAUGGACUUGAUGUCCUUCCAGAAAUGACUAAUAGGAGAUCUCCAGCUAUUUACAGGAUUGAGAGAAUGAGAUCCCCUGAUCACCAUUUUUUCCCUGAAGAAAUAGUGGCAAGAAGGCAUGGUUCUCCUCCUUAUAUGUCUCGGCCGUCUAAUAAUUUGAGGGACAUGGAUACUAUGAGGGAGCAUGGUCAUCCAAGAUCCAUUAUCCCCAAUAGGAGCCCAUCUGACCGGGUUUUACCUCGAAGCACUAGGAGGUUAGAUAUCUUAGAUACUCGAGAGCGAGCAGAUAAGGAUGCCUACUUUGGAAGGCCUAUGCAGUCCGGCAGACUUCAUGAACUUGGCUGUGAUGGAAGCGGUGAUGAGAUAAGAGUGCGUGGUGUUAGACGUGGACCUGUUCGUUCUUUUAGGCCACCUUAUAGGGACGCUGAUGGUGAGAAUUUCAGUUAUCCCAUUGAGGAUGGCCCUAGGCCUUUUAGAUUCUGUCCAGAAGCUGAUUCAGAAUUCAUUGAAAGAAGCAACUUGAGGGAAAGGGUGUCUGACAGGCGGAUUGAAGGUCGACCUAUAAACACACCUAGGAGAAUGAGAACAAUUGAAGAGCAAGAAGGAAACUAUAGGCCUGGUGGGCAGGUCUGGCAUGACAAUGGGUUUGAUGAUACCUCUCGUGGGAAAAGAAGAAGAUUUUGACAGACCUAGGGGAAUGAGAAGCAGUGAAGAUCAAGGAAACUAUAUUCAUGGUUGGCAAGUCUGGCUUGGCAAUGGGUUUGAUGAUGACUCCCGUGGGUUCAUGAUGUAGAAACAGGAUUUGUCGUUUUGUUGGGGGGAUGGCAAGUUGCUUUUUAGCAUACAGUUCGGUUAUUUGCCAGGAUUAGGGAUGUUUGAUUUCAUGGGAUAGGUGACUAGCAGGCAGGAAUCGUUUUGGUCUCAGAUCCUGAUCAAGGUAAUGUUUGGAGAUAUUAGAGUAACAAAUACCUUAUACUGGCUUGUUUCGAGGGUAUUUAUACUCUUGCAUACAUGAGACAUCACUUGGUAUUAUGCGGCCAACACUUGAGCAGUCCUUGGAGGUGGAGUACAUGACAUAUUUCUCAGCAUAACUCGGUAGUCAAGUCCUUCCUAAAAUCCGUAUUACAUUAAUGGUUUCCUUUUCACCUAAAAUCAUGGGUUAUAGCUGCAGCGACCCGGUUUAAUUUGUGCAUGUUCUGUACUAUAUAUUAUAUUAUGUUUGGCACAAUAAUAUUGGAUCCAGUCUGUUCUUGUAGAUAACUGUUUGGAGAUCCUUCAAUAAGCUUUUCGCAA